GCCGACCAAUCUACCAGCCUGCCAAUCGACCUUCUCACCAUCCAAACUCUUUUUCCGUUUAUGCUGUGCGGGAGAACAGAUAAGAUUAUUGUUCAGAAAUUAAGCAAAAAACUAUAAAAAAGAUUUAAAAUACACCUGAGCACGAUCGAGGCCUAGACUGCCUCCAGUGUCUGAGACUUCUCUGCUGCAUUCCGUUGGGUCUCUGCGAAACCGGUACUCGUAAGGCAUUGGCGUUUGAUUUGGUGCUGCAUUGCAUUGUCUGUGUCUAUCAUAUUGAAGAAAGGUGGAGGGGCUGCUCUUUGGCCCAAUCCAAUGCAUGCAAACAAUUAGACACUAGACAGAUCUCGCUGCCUCGACCAUUUCUACUCAUAGACGGAUCAUCCACCCAUCCCCUUUGCUACCUUCUCUCGAUCCUGUCCCGUCGAAUUCUCUGAAAGCUGGCCAGCCGUUCAAUUAAGACCAAGCGCAGAUGGCGCCGGUAGAAGCAACAGUUGCGCUCUCGCAUGUUGAGGGGAUCUCCGAUUCCGCCAGAGCCAGAGAAUUAUACAAGUACUACCAACCAACCACUUCCAUAAAUACCGAGACAUGUUUUCCAGCACCCCAAUCAUCCACAGAGUCUGGCAAUCCGGAUUUAGAAGUACAAUCGGAAGUUACCUCAACCAAAAUUUCUUCUCCAGAUACAUCAUUGACAGCAUUCUGCCAACUUGUAUCAUGGAGAUUAGAGGUGCAAAGAGCAAUGAUCAGUCUUAUCGAUGAUGGCACACAGUAUUUCAUUGCAGAAAGCACAAAAUCAUUAAACCUGGUAGACGCAACAAAGCACAAACCAGGUGAUGAAUUGUGGCUCGGCUGUACUUCUGUGUCAAAGGCUGGUAGGUUGUGCGAGAGGUAUGACAAAAGCGAAUUUGAAUUUAAAAUCAAGUCAUCAACUGUGUUUAAUCUCUGCUACAGGACCAUCGAAACUGCCCCAACCUUAUCCGGUGAAGAGUAUCCCUCAUUCAUUGUCAAUGAUUUAACCUUGGAUGACCGAUUCAAUCAACUUUCUUUUGUCACUGAAGCCCCACACCUCAGAUUUUAUGCAGGAGUUCCACUUAUCACCAAGCGAGGCAUACCGAUUGGAAGUUUAUUUGUGGUCGAUAGUCAAGCCAGGCCCGGACUCUCCAAAGAUGAUAUCUCUUUCUUGGGCACAAUGGCAUGCACUGUUAUGAAGCAUCUAGAGUUAAAUCGAGAGGUGGAGGAACACCGACGUGGCAUGAAGAUGAGCAGAGGUCUUGCAUCAUUCGUCGAAGGUCGUGCAGAACUCGAAGAGGCAGACAUGGAAGCAGAAGAUGGAGAAGGUACAAAGAUUGUUGGACAGUUUGAAACAGACACCGGGAUCAGACGUCCCAAGUCAAAGUCUUCGUCAUCGACAAGGAUGUCGAGUGCUACGUCUCUUUCUCUUAGCAAUGUUAAAGAAAAGGGGCAUGUAACGUUAACGUCAACUUCAACGAUUCCUACAAGGAUAGAGGAUACUAUUUUGACAUCGGAACGAUCGGGUUCAAUUGCCAGUGAACGACCAGGCAUGGAGUCCACACAGUACUCCUCUUAUGGAGAGACUAGCACAACUGAGCAGUCGCCUUCCGAGAUGUGUAAGACCGAUACCCCCGACGAGGAGUUUACCGAAGCUUCGGCUUUAAAGUUGCUCUUCUCACGCGCUUCCAAUCUUAUUAGGGAGGCGUUCGAGGUAGACGGCGGGGCUGUAUUUUACGAUGCACAAAAAGGUUUCAGCAGUGAUACGCAAACUUCUAACUUGGAACCAUCUGUUACUGAUAGCCAGACAAGUGGUGACGAUGAAAUGAGCAACGGAUACAAUCAUCAAUCCUCGAUUUCACGACCUUUCACUCGGUCAUCGACCAUGUCACAAACACGAGAAAUUGAGAUUUUAGGAUUUUCCACCCCGGAAGCAUCAUCGAUUAAUGGCGAUCCAUAUCCAGGCACUCAUACGUUCUUACCAUUCGAGGAGAAAUCGUUACAUCAGUUUUUGCGCCGGUAUCCACGCGGAAAACUUUGGACUUUUGAUUCGGAUGGAUCUCUGUCCUCAGCGUCAGAUGAUGAAAUCCUCAAAGGUUAUAGAUCUUCCGCGAGACGAGGCAGAAAUCAACAACGUGGAAAGAACAAAAUCGCCAGGGCUGCAGCAGAUGGAAAAUUUCUGUCGAAUCAUUUUCCUGGUGUCCGCCAGUUGUUAUUUGUUCCACUUUGGGAUGCUGGCCGUUCUCGCUGGCUCAGUGCAUGCUGUGUUUGGUCAACGGAACCCACACGUAUUCUAUCUAAGCAAAACGAAUUGUCAUUUCUCACUGCAUUUGGAAAUAGUGUCAUGGCUGAAUGUUCUCGUAUAAGUACCGAAGUUGCUGAUCAGAAGAAGAGUGACUUUAUUGGAAGUAUUUCUCACGAAUUGAGAAGCCCGCUGCACGGAAUACUUGCGUCUGCAGAGAUAUUAGAUGAUCUUUCAUUGCCAAAUCUUGCUCAAGAACUUGUUGAAACUAUUGACAGUUGUGGCCGUACCCUCUUGGAUACUAUUAAUCAUAUUCUGGACUUUUCCAAAAUUAGUAGUCUUGAGAAGAAUUGGCGUAGAAAUCGUCGGGGCUCCACGAAACGAAGAUCGCAAUCUAGUACUAAUGGUCCCCUGGCUUUACAACAAUCCGAUUUACCUAUGAUUAAUCUGUUUGCUCCUGUGGAUGUAGCGGUUCUUUGUGAAGAGGUUGUUGAAAGUGUUUUUGCUGGUUAUGUUUUUCAAAACGUCACAGCAAAAACUUUCGAUAUGGUUCAUGAUGUACAUGACAAAAGCUCGGAUACUAAAAGACAAUCAGGAUUGCUUGCCAUGUCGUCUUCAGGAAACCAAACCCCACAAGUUUCAGUCAUCCUGGACAUUGCUCUAGAUGAUUACAAUUUUACUACCCAGCCCGGUGCUUUCCGAAGAAUUAUCAUGAACUUGCUCGGAAACGCUUUGAAGUAUACGUCACACGGCUAUGUACGGGUCAAGUUAGAGACCGCCAAACUAGAUGAUCUUAACGUUCCUGGUGAUGGGAAAACUCCGAGAUCCAUGAUAAUUUUGACAGUGACCGACACAGGAAAGGGCAUAUCCAACGAGUUCCUUAGAUCGAAGCUUUUCACUCCAUUUGCUCAGGAGAAUACUCUCUCAAGUGGAACUGGAUUGGGAUUGUCUAUUGUAAGAAGUAUUAUUAACCUACUUGAAGGAGACAUUACAAUUGAUAGCGAGCUGGGACGUGGUACUGAAGUCAGAGUCACCUUGCCACUUCUUCGCGAAAUACCAAAAGAUACAUCAGCACCAGCCACACCAAAAGCUGUAACUUCGCUGUUGCGUGAGACAGACGAAUCAAUAUCAUUAUUGCGAAGUGAGAUAAGCGGACGUGAAGUAGGCCUCUUCAAUUUCAAUCCUCCUACUAUAGAUCCUAUACUUGCAAGGAAGGGAAAGUUUCUCGAAGGGUCCGUCAGAAAUUUCCUUACAAAUUGGUAUGGUCUGAAGAUUGUGCCAUUAUCGAAAAACCCAGAUAUUAUCAUAGCCAACGCUCCAGACUUGUCUGUUCUCGCGAAUCUCCGUAAAAUGCUCCCUCGCCAAAGUAAACCGUCAAUUUUGGUUCUGUCGCCACACUCUUCACGCUUCCACCACUCAUUCGCAGAAGCUGGCAUGAGAGGCAAUGUCACCGUAGUAGCAAAACCAGUGGGCCCACUCAAACUUGCAAGAGCACUUCGAUCUUGUCUUGAAGGUGUGACAACUACAAUUAGUACAGCCAUCACUCCCGAUCCAUCUGGCAUCGGGCAAGCUAGCACUAAUGAUCUUAGUAACGUCUUUGAGGAUUUGCUUAUAUCUCCGAAUGGUGGCGAAGUUCUGGAUAAUAGUCGUAUGGCAGCUGAUAGCGAGAAUGCCCGGAAAGCUAUUGAAUCACCGACACCAAACGCACUUGUUGAGAAGGGCAAAGAAUUCCCAUUUCCUCUACCUUCAGGCGGUAAAAACUCUGUUGCAAACGGAGAACUUUCCCUGGAUAAUGACCUUCUCACUCCCAUAGCUUCAAGCUUUGGUCUCACAUCUCUCCCUAAUCCACCAGCUGGGUAUGUGACUAGUCACCCAUCUAUUUCUUCAAGCACAGCUACAAGUACACGCCAACCUUCAAUCGCGAUCGCAGAUUCUGACCCCUUUACACCAAAUCUACUUUUAGUAGAUGACAACAUGAUAAAUCUCAAACUUUUGCGUCACUUUAUAACGAGGUUGGGAUACACAACGGUUCACGAGGCAGAAAAUGGACUUGAAGCAGUGAAGAAAGUUGAGGAACGACCAGAGGGAUAUGAUAUUAUUUUCAUGGAUAUAAGUAUGCCAAUUCUAGAUGGAUUCGAUGCCACAAAAGAAAUUCGGAAAUUGGAAAAGUCAAGACGAGAGCGAGCAAUAAUCAACGAUGGAAUAGACAAGGGCGAGAAGAAAAAUGAAGCACUAGUGGUGGCACUGACGGGUUUGGCAGGUAAAGAUGAUGUGGAGAAGGCGAGAGCUUGUGGCAUUGAUCUUUUUAUGACGAAGCCAGUAGCCAUGAAGGAAGUUAGAAAGAUGUUGGAGAAUUGGAGGGCUAACCAAAAGAACUGAAUUGGGACGUGGAUAACCCCGAUGAGUGGAGACAUUUGAACGGAAUGAUGGAAUGAUGGGUAUGAAUACGAAUCUUAAAGGGACUUGCAUUUUGAGGCGUUAUGGAAACAUCAUGGCAGCAUCAAAAUUGGGACAUGGAUAUCUGGGAAUUGUAACAAUAUGGAGGGACGGAGUGAUAAAAUUCGGUGUGGCGUUUGGCUUUGGGCUUUGAACUUUUGAGAGAGUGUGGCUUCUAUAUACCCGGGUGUAAUGCAUGAAAUUUGUGCUUGAGAUGGAUGUGGCCUCUUGGUUUUAGGGAUGUGGGGAUUCUUCAAGUUGGAUGGAAGGAAAUGAAUUAGUGUGGAAUGUGAAAUAAGAUACCCUGGGGGUGGAGCGAUGGUGUGAGGGGAGGAUUGUGGUGAUGAUUGAUGGGAUAGAUGAACAGAUAUGUAUUAUAUGAGAUGAUGAAGAAAUCAGUGAAGAAAUCUUUAGGUACA